AUGAGUGAGAUAUUUUACGAAUUUAAAGAAUUUAAAAAUUCACUCACAAGUCAUCAAGAAGCGCUUAACGCCCGACAGAAACAUCUACCACCUGUUCAUCCACUAUUAGUCACUACUUAUAACAGUAUUGGUCUAGUGCAUGAAACAACAAAUGGUCAUUUAAAAGCACUCUACUUCUAUGAGAAAACACUAAACAUUGAAGAAAAAUCACUUCCAUCAAACCAUCCAACAUUAGUUGUGGUGUACCAUAAUAUGUCUGAAGUACUUGAGCGACUAAAUCGUUAUCAAGAAGCUGUUAAAUACCAAAUGCAUGCUGUUAACAUAGUACGGAUGGCAUAUGAACCUGAUCAUCAGCAACUAAAACAAGAGGAAAAUGAUUUUAAAAAACUUCAAGAAAAAUUAUAA